AUGAAUGACAGGACAUGGCCUGGCCUCCAAUGCGGGGCUGUGUACUGUGUGUAUUGUGUACUGUGGUGUGUGGUGUGUCUGUCAUGUGCGCCUGGGUGCUGCCAUGUGCUAGUAAGCAUAGCACUUACUAGUGCCGACAUACCGUGUAAUGCACAGAAUCUGUUCUUGGCGCACAUGGCCACCAAGGGCCGGAAAUUGCUGUGGGAAGUGCUGCAAUCGGAAACUGCAAGCAGGAAUUCAGUUGCAGGGCGUGGCCAACGUUGUCCUAACUCAUCUACAGUUGCAGCACUAGCAAGGCUGUCCGAUGCGUCCCCACACACUUUCCAUUCUCUCGACAAUGAUGCUUGUAAGGAUGGUUUCCCUUGA